AUGCAGGCUCGCAUUACUUGCUGUGCACUGAUUGAAACAGAUGCAUUUUGGCUUUUCCCUCUGACAUAUGCACAGAGAGAAAGGGAGGCUUGCUGUGGCAAAAGAGAUGGUGCUAGUGUAGUCAGAACAUACAAAGCUGUGCAGGAUUCAUCUACUUCCCUGGCUAUGGAUGGCUACUCCAAUAAUGUACCAGCGUUUCUCACCAAGCUGUGGACACUAGUAGAAGAUCCUGAGACCAGUCAUCUCAUCUGCUGGAGUAUUACUGGCACCAGCUUCCAUGUUUUUGAUCAGGGUCAGUUUGCAAAGGAGGUGCUGCCCAAGUAUUUCAAACACAACAAUAUGGCCAGCUUCGUGCGACAGCUGAAUAUGUAUGGCUUUAGGAAAGUGCUGAACAUUGGACAAGGCAGGCUUGUCAAGCCUGAACGUGACAACAUUGAGUUCCAGCACCUUUAUUUCCUACAAGGCCAUGAGCACCUCUUAGAACACAUCAAAAGGAAGAAUGAAAAGUGUGCCCGGGUGAAACCUCUCAUGCUGGAUGAUAGCCACUGGGCUCUGCAAAUGCUGAAGCUCAGGAAGUGUUUUUCUAUGGAUCCCAUUCAUGAUUCCUGUUUCACCCAGUUGUCGUCUGCAGAUCCUGCUUCAUGCUUAAACAGCCCUGCUGUCGCUGGAGGGCCGAUCAUAUCAGAUGUUACUGAAGCAUCACUGUCUAAUGCCAUAGUCAUGCAGCCUCCUCCCAACAGUGAGAGAACAGACAUCUCUGAUCCUUUGGAUGGUGCUGAUUUGAACCUGGAAAGCCUUCAGAUCUUACUGAGAAACCAGCAGUACAACCUUGAAACUGCCGGCACUUUGGAUUGCGAGUUUGCGCCUGUCUUUACAAUCCUCUGUGACCCUUGGGGAGACUGAACCACCACCCCCCACACACAAAUUCUAAACUGAAUUUAGAAUUGGAAAAACGAGAAACUGAGAGAACCAAAAUGAAUGGAUCCUUCCAUCUCUUCCUAUGGCUAGCGUUGAUGCAGAUGUAAUGUGUUGAACUGUGGUUAAGGCAAACGAGGGACGAGAGGGGAGGAAUUUGCAUCAGAAAGGAUCAAUGGAAAACAACCACAUGUUCCUAAGACUCGCUCCAGAAUGACAAACCAUGGUUUGCUGGGUCUGUGAUUCUUGUCUAAUUGUAUUAAGAGUAUUUAGGAAUACUUACAUAAACCAUUAUCCAAGCAUUCUCUUGGGUAACAUGGUGGUUGAUUGACCCCAGGUAAAGUGAUAACAAGCUUCCCCGAGUGAGGCUGCAUCCAGACAUCAACACCCUAUGUAGUAAGUUGCAUGAUUUAGCAUAGAAACAACACAAACGGCAGCACACACCAAAAGGUGAUGCAACACUGCACAGGGUUCGAUAUGUAUAUUCCUGGGCAAUUCUUGCUUUGGACUGUCAAAUACUUUUGAGUAAACUCUCAUAGGAUUGCGCUGUUGAUCAGGGAUAUUACAGUAGAGAUCUACAGGCUUUCAUGAGUUCUGAAGUCCCUCUUGCUGAUGGGACACUGCUUGCAAUGUUACAAGUGCAGAAAUGUUCUUCUUACGAAAUUGACUAAGAAACAAAACUAGCUUCCAAACUUUUUGUGAUUAUGAAAGUCAUUUACUUGAUAGAGAUCAUAACCCUAUGUCUCUGUGGUUUGCUUUGGAAAGUGGAAAUCAAGGGGAAGAGAAUAAUCUCUACUUCCAAUUUUUUUCUUGAAAGGUGGUGUGAUUGUUUCUUGCCUAUUUUAUGCUUUGAUGCUUGAUGUGCUGAAUCUGCAAUUUGCACUAUGCUGUACCU